AGUGCACCAAUAUUAAACACUUUUUGUUUAUCAACUGUCUUUCUCAACUCCCAUUACUUGUACUCCCUCUCCCUCCCUGGUUCUCCACACCCACCAGUGGAGUUGUGUCUGAGAUACCCCACUUUCAACUCACCACCCAGUGUUCUUUCUCACACUCUUUACUCUGACUUUCAAUACAAGUCCACUCUUCACCAAUGCACCCAUCAAUAUUCCUUCUUCCCCAGCUCUAAUGGCCAUUUCCAUUUCUCCAAAACCCCCAUACUUACCAUUCUACUCUUCUCUCUCCUCCUCCUUUUCUCUCACUCUUCCACUUAAACCCAAAUCCAGGUCCCUCAAGCUCCUCUGCUGUCUCUCCCUCGAACACCAACAACCAAAUGAGCAAAUACCCACCACGCAAAAUGAUGCCACUGACACUCUCCGUGUGGUCUUCGCCGCUGGUGGCACUGGUGGCCACAUAUAUCCCGCGGUCGCCAUUGCCGACGAGCUCAAAAUCACCAACCCCAACGUCCAAAUCCUCUUCCUAGGCACACCCAAUAGCAUGGAAAGCGCCGGAAUCCCCUCCACUGGCUAUGCCUUCGCCCCCGUCCCCGCCUCUCCCCUAGCCCGACCUCUUAUCUCCCCACGAAACCUCUUGCUCCCCAUCCGCUUGAUAAAAAGCCUGAUCCAAAGUCAUCGAAAACUUUCGGAAUUUGAUCCUCAUAUUGUUGUUGGUACUGGCGGGUACGUCUCAUUCCCAAUAUGCCUAGCUGCUUGGCUGAAAGGCAUUAAGGUUGUGAUCCAAGAGCAGAACUCAGUUCCAGGGAUUGCCAAUUGGGUUCUUUCAUUCUUGGCUGAGGUUGUUUUCGUGGCGUUUAAUUCGACCAUUGAUUGUUUUCCAAGGAAGAAUAAAUGUGUGGUGUGUGGGAAUCCGGUGAGGAUGGCAUUGAGGCAUUACGUGCCAAAGGCAGCAGCGAGGUUGAGGUUCUUUCCUAAGUCAGGGAAGGAGGGGGAUUUGAAGGGAAAGGUUUUGUUGGUGCUUGGAGGGUCUUUGGGUGCUAAUGCUAUUAAUAUUGCUAUGUUGAACUUGUAUUAUCAGAUGCUGUUGCAAAACAACAACUUGUUUAUUAUAUGGCAGACUGGAGUUGAGUCCUUUAAUGAAAUGGAGAGCCUUGUAAAAACUCACCCGCAUUUGUUUUUGACGCCGUUUAUGCACUCUAUGGAUUUAGCAUAUGCAGCUGCAGACCUUAUCAUUUCUAGAGCCGGUGCUAUGACUUGCUAUGAGAUCUUGGCCACUGGGAAACCUUCUAUUCUGAUACCAUCUCCAAAUGUUGCUGAAGGACAUCAAUUCAGAAAUGCUUCUUUACUGGCUGAUUUAGCAGAUUGCAAGGUUAUAACUGAAGAUGAACUUGAUUCAACCACCCUUGCCAUUGCAAUUGAAGAGAUAUUGGGAGAUGAGAGCAAAAUGGCAGAUAUGUCUGAGAGGGCUCUCAAAGCUGCAAAUCCCAAUGCCUCUGCAGAGAUUGCACAACAUAUUCUAUCUUUAGUCAACUUAUCAACAGUGAAGGAGAUGCAAUAAAGUUGCUUCAUGGUUGAAAUAUAAAUAUUCUGCUUCUCAAAUAUGCCAGGCUGUAAAUUUUACUCUUGGCAUUCAAUUUGCUUUCCACCAAGGCAGUGAAACUCAGAUGCAUGUGUGAAGGAAGUCGAGAUCAAAUAAUUGUUUUUGAGGGUUGGUCAAGGGACUAGAAUCAUAAAAUCUCUCUCUCUCUCUCUCUCUCUCUCUCUCUCUUUAUUGUUGUUAAGCUGUAAUAGAAGAGGUGGUAUCUUUUUUAAGGGUACAUGUAACAUCUCACUCACAUGGAUCUCACAAUGUUAUAUAAACAGUGAAGGAGAUGCAAUAAAGUUGCUUCAUGGUUGAAAUAUAAAUAUUCUGCUUCUCAAAUAUGCCAGGCUGUAAAUUUUACUCUUGGCAUUCAAUUUGCUGUCCACCAAGGCAGUGAAAGUCA